AUGGGCACGGGUUUCGAUAGAGGCGACAAGGUGGUGAUGACACCUCCAGAGCGCAAGACUCUGCGGGCCGCUCCGAUGCGAGACCGACUCCAUGUAGGGUUAGACGGUUGGUCCGAGCGGUGCGCUAGCCGUGCCGACCCGAGAGCCGAGUGCUUAGGGCGUGCGUCUUCGGCCAGCCGGCUGCUGCUCCUGCUGCUAACUCUCCUCAGGGACUGCGCCGCAUUUUCCGCAGAGGAAGCAGCUCUUUACACCCAAGUCGUGGGCUCCAGGUACACCAAAUCUUCGCCACCGCAGACGGCUGACAACAAGACCGAGGUCUUCAUCCAACUCGAAGUGACGUUCGUGAGCGACAUCCGGGUUGGGGAGUUGGGGGGCUUCCAGCUGCACGCCUGGGUGUCGCUGCUGUGGCGCGACUCGCGCGUCAACGUCGAGCUCCUGCGACAGCUGGGCUAUCGCAUUAUGCCCGAGUUCCUGGCGCGCAGCGUAUGGCGUCCUGGCGUCGUCUUCGAGGGCGUCGGCGAGGUGGCCCGCUUGGACGAGCCGGACGUCUUCGUCAGAGACGACGACUUCUUGCUUUCUCGCCAGAGAGCCGUAUUCCAGGUCCUAUGCUUGGGCCAGCGGGACAACUUCAUCCUAGGCGUCACCGUGUGCAGCCUAGUGGUCAAGCUGCUUCACGAUGCUGACGGCGCACCGAACCUCGUCUGGAUCGGCAACGACACGGUGAGCCCACUGCACGGACAGUAUGACAGUGUCACCGUGCACGGGGAUGUGCGUCCGCUCGUCUACACGCUCGUCAAGGUCGAGCCUGUCCAACGCGACGACACGUCAACCGUCGGCAGCACCCCCACCGUUGCGGCCGACUUCCACUUCUCAAAGGUGACGUGGUCGUUCCUGCUGUCCACCUACGUGCCAUCCACCAUGGUGGUGAUCGUCUCCUGGAUCGCCUUCUGGGUGGACGCCGGCGCGGCCGCCUCCCGGGUCACUCUGGGCGUCGCCUGCCUGCUUAUGCUGGUAGCUCAGGUCGGCCACAAUCGCAUCGCCAGCCCGCACGACACCCAGCUGCAGCCGGGCGACGUCUGGUUUUUCGUCAGUGCCGUCGCCGUCUUCUGCAGCCUCCUGGAGUUUGUCCUGGCCCACGGCGCCCACCGCGACCAGGCCAGGGCGCAGGGUGUGGGCGCCGUCGGAGCCGCGUCUGCCGUAGCCGAGCCCCGCUACCGCGUCUACCGCAGGCCGCCCACCAUGAACACGCUGACGAUUGUGUGCGACACUGCUAGCCAGACGGACCGUUCGUACCGUGCCUACCAGGCCAACGAGCUGGACGUACUCGCCAGGGUCAUCUUCCCCAUUGCGUUCAUUCUCGUGGCGUCCCUAUAUUUUUUGUGGUACGCGGCGUCGUACUAG